AUGCCAGUUCCCUGGCGCCGCGGCAUGCCCAUCCCCUACCCGUUCUACAUACUCGUGGUCUGCACGAUCGCGACUCUUAUUCUCUUCACUCAGCAGCCUGAGCUCGCCACCCGCGUCGCGGCAAGCGUGACGGCGCUCUCGCCUCUCGCCCUCAUUAACUUUGGCCAGGUUAAGCAAGAAUUUGCCCCACCAAACGAUCUGCGGCCGCGACGCGUUGCCAUCGUCGGCGCCGGGGCGUCGGGCAGUGCUGCGGCCUUCUUCCUCUCCCGGGCGGCGCGUGAGGCCGAGUCUCGCGCCGGCGCGCCACAUGGCUCGCUGCUCGACAUUGUGGUGUACGAGCGCGCCGAUUACAUUGGUGGACGCACCACUGUCGUCUACCCGCAUGGCAACACGAGCUUACGCCCCGUCGAGCUGGGAGCAAGCAUCUUCGUCGAUGCGAACCUCAACCUCGUCAAGGCCGCCAAACUCUUUGGCCUCGAGAUCGUGGACCCCGAGUUCGGCGGCACGGGUGUGGCCAUUUGGGAUGGCACGGAGUUCCUCUUCAUGACGUCGGCCGAAAAGGGUCGCUGGUCAGGGUGGUGGGACUCUUUGGCCGUUUUGCGGCGGUACGGUGCGCUGUCGCCGAUGCGGCAGCGGCGGGCGGUCGGUGCGCUGCUCAAGAAGUUCGCGCAUCUGUACGACGCACGGUGGCUCGCGAACCGCGGGAGCGUGGCGAACGUCGACGAGUUUGCGGAGAGCGCCGGCCUCGGAAAGGUGCUUACUUCGCGCACGGGUGAGGACUGGGCACGCAAUGUCGUCAAGGCGAAUGCGCUUUGGGUAGACGAGAUCAUGGAGGCGAGCACGCGGGUCAAUUACUGCGCCGACCUGAAUCAAAUUCACGCACUAGGUGCUGCCGUGUCCCACGCUUCAGGUGGGGCCAGUGCCAUCUCCGGCGGCAACUUCCGCCUCUUCGAGGCGAUGCUCAAGCAUAGCGGGGCGGAGGUGCGCCUCCAGACUGAAGUGGAUGCGAUCGAGCCACUUGACCGCGGCUUCCGCGUAACGUCGAACCACUCACACUUAUCUGACGACUACGACGAGAUCUUCUUCGCUGCGCCAUGGCACACCUCGCCCGUGUCGAAGACCCUCUCGUCGCACUUCACCCAGCCCAUUCCCAAACAACAGUAUGUGCGCCUGCACGUGACGAUGCUCGCUACGAACGCGCCGCACGCCGACCCGCUCUACUUCUUCCGUGGCCCCGGCGAGGCCGUGCCGGGCACGAUCCUGACUACGGGCUCGACGGCCCGUGCGCAUCCCGGCGCCGCGCGCCCCGAGUUCCAGAGCAUCUCGUAUCACGGCGAGACGUAUGACGGCUCGGGCGAAUGGAUCGUCAAGAUCUUCAGCAAGGCUGAGCUCAGCAACGACCUCCUGGCCGACAUUUUCGGUGACAACCCCACAUGGGUCUACCGCAAGGUGUGGGACAGCUACCCCGUGCUGCAUCCGACGGCGAGCUUCCCUCCAAUGCAGCCGAUGCAGGGCUUCCACUACCUCGCGUCGCUGGAGCCGUGGGUCUCGACUAUGGAGACGCAGACGCUGUCGGCGCGCGAGGCGGUUGCCCGUAGCGUCCAACGCUGGUGGAACCUCGGCCUCGGAGAGUGCCGCGACGCCGAUCAGUCGUGGGACAUGACCUGUGGAAAGUAA